AUGCCUCCGAAGCACAAAAAGCGUGGUCGUGAAAGUAAAUUAGUGUUGAAACUCUGGACAUUGAAAAACGUUGUUGAAAUUAAAGCUCCAAUGCUGAGAUCUUUUGAUUUUAUUGGAAGUAUACAAUAUAUCUGCUUCAAGAAUAUCCCUCUUCUGGCAAAAGUUUCUCUUAUAGACAAUGAAUCUUCUGAAAAGUCAAGAAAAUGUGAAAUUACCAAUUUUUUCAAGUCUUUUGUUGUUCUCGAGAAUCUAAAGUUGAAUGAAGCUAGUCGCAAGUUAUUUGCAGCAGCGGCAGGUGGAGUACCAACAAGGCUUCCCUUUGAUCUUAAAUUUUUCAAAUAUCUUCGUAUAUCUUCUGUCGCUCUAGAUCAACAGGGUGAGAUAUUGUGUGCUCUUUUCCUGAUCAGAAGUUGUCCUUAUUUAGAGUAUAUGAAAAUUUAUAAGGUGUGUUUUUUUGACGAGGAUAGUCCUGCUCUGCCAUGUCUUGAACUUGAAGGUUUCUCAGAUGUGAUGUUUAGUCACCUCAAGGAAGUUAAUCUUCAAGGUUUUCUAGCCACAAAGGCCGGAAUGCAGUUUAUUAAGCUUUUGUUAGACAAGUCACAUGUGUUGGUACGAAUGCUAAUUAAGUUCUAUAUAGAUGAUUAUGAUCAUUGUCAACUAUAUGAGUAUCUUACCAAAACAUACAGUUUGAUUGUUGUUGUAAAUGCAUUUCGAUGUGCAUCACCUAAUGCAGAAGUAGCAUUUCACAUUGAGUAUGAUUCAGAUUAUGACGAUCUCUAA